CCCCCCCCCCCUUCUCCUUAAAUCUGUAGUAAAAAUGUCGGCCCCAACCAUGGAGGAAAGAAAGGCCUGCUGGGGGGCGCGGGAUGAGUUCUGGCAAUGUUUAGAUAAAAACAGUGAAGAUGCAUCCAAGUGUCAGAAGCUAAGAUCGUCUUUUGAAUCGAGAUGUCCACAGCAAUGGGUUAAAUACUUUGACAAAAGAAGAGAUUAUUUAAAGUACAAAAAAAAGCUCGAAACAGAAGGAUAUCUUCCACCAGAAACAACUGGAAAGUCGUAAUUACUCUGCUCUCAAAAUAAAUCAAUGGAGAGUAACUCUAAAGAAUGGAGAAGCCUGACAAAGUGACGGAAGCUGCUUGAACUAAAGAACUGAUAAACCUGGUACGUCUGAAAACGCAGGCUGCUGCUCUUGUUGCAGACUCGUGUCUGCUGCAAGAAGAUAGUCAUGGAUGGCUUUUUCAUGAACAGUGAGUCAAAGAAACAUGGUGCAGGGCUGUUCACAAACCCAUGUGUUUGAACGCAGAAUUAAAAUCAAAAAUUGUUUCACGGGAAUUAAAUGAUUAUAUAAUAAUGUAAUGAACAUAUUCAAGAGU